CCGGUCGCCUCGGCGACGCCGCACACCUUAUCGACACGGAGAUCAUAUACGUACCUAAAAAUUCUCCUAAAAGGCAUAUGCAUGGAAAGCGGAAACAUUCCCGCUUACCUACCCACGCCCAUGCCGCCUGUCUGCUCAAUUUGCCAACCUCGAACCCACCGACACGGUCCCGGGCUGCUGCUGCCAAGAUAUGUGAUCGGGGAACUACAAGGUGUGUGGUCCGGGGUGGUGAAGAAAUUGUCACAUGGCAAAUGAAGGAAAGGGACGGGAUGGUGGGAGAAACUGUGGGAGAAGACC